AACAUUAUUAUAUAUACCUCUCACAUCCCUUCAUUUCCAAGAACACCUACCCAAAAAAUCAAAACAUGGAAAAUAGAAGGAGAUUUUUCAAGAAUCAGAUGCAAACCAACAAAAGCAAAGCAAAGUCUAGUACUAUAAUUUGCAAGAAGCACCCGAAACAUAAGCAAAAUCCCGGGGUUUGCUCCAUCUGUCUUAGUGAAAAACUCUCUCUGCUUUCAAGAACUUCAAGAAGUAACACGACAACGAUUACUUCUUCUUGUUCUUCUUCUUCUUUGUCUUCUUUGUCUUCGUCUUCGGACGUGUCCUCAUGUUCUUCUCCACCUCGUUAUAGAACGAGCACUAAUGUGCUCAUGAAGAGUAGAUCAUUGGCUUUGAUUAUGAGAAGAAGAGAUGGUGGAAUUAUAUUAGAUGAGAAUAACAAUGGGAAGAAAAAGAAAGGAGGGUUUUUGUCUAGAUUGCUAAAUCCAAUGAGAAAUCGAAAGGAUGAAGGCUUGGCACAUUCAAGAACAAUGAGAGAGAGGGUUAUAACAAGACUCAGAACUACUGCAGCAUGAGAUUUUUCUUUUUAAUUUAUUUUUUUCUUGUUUCUCUGUGAGA